UAAGCCACUGAACGUCUCUACACUUAUCACUCUCAGCACUACCAGUUAGACAUUUAACCGUAAGCAACUUAUCAGUUUACUUUCUCUAAGUUAUUAUUAGUGACAGUUUAUCAUACUGUAUAGGCCGAAUUGAAAGGAAUAAAAAUUACGUAGGAGAAUCCGUCUUCUGUUUCUACGUCAGUCAUCAACCGAGUCGGAAGCAUUGUCUCACAUUUCCCAUCCCUGGGUGAGAAAUUUCUUGACACAGAGUCGGCAAGAUUUUCAUGUUUGGGUCAAUUAGUGUACACUGAGCAUAAGCUGUCAGUAAUUAACUGUGGCCAACUGAACCCGCACAUCAUGGCAGAGCCCGUCACUGUAGAUAUUGAUUGUGGAGAAGAAAUAACGCCCGAUGAUAUUCAACGAUUGAAAAAUGAAGUAACGGAUGAACGUUAUUCAGCCUAUAUUGACGCUGCUAAUGCGCUGGUCUGUAAAACACCGUCCUGGGUUCUUAGAGAUGCAGAAAUAUUCAUCACUUUACCACACCAGCAUUAUACAUUGCAUGCCGGUGAGAAAACUAACAAGUAUGCCAUUUUUUAUGACGACGAAACUGGAAAAGUGGAAACUGUUCGAAAAGAUUGUGGUUGGUGGUUGUAUCUCAAGGAAACAACAGCUAAUACUUUUGAAUGGGUUACCAAAAAUAUUCCUUUAUCAUCAUUAUUGUUGCUGAUAUUUGGAAAAUUAUUAGCUAUUAAAUCUAGUUAACAGGUUUUAGAGAUCUGUUCACCUUUUGCUUCGCAGUAGCGGUAGUAAAUACGUUCGUCAAUGUGAAUGUCACAAAAUCGAAAGAUACUUCAAUAAUUUCAAUAUACAAGAGCAAAUGAAUUUUUGUGACCAUAGAAAGCUGUACAGUCAGAAAACACUUCCAAUUGCAGAUACAGUAAGACCAAAAAAAUGUACCCAAGGGAAUUGGAAAUCAUUAUUUGUCAACUCGGGAUGUUUUGUUGCAGUUUUUAUCUUGCAGUUCAAUGAUCACUUGCUCAUGCAUUUUCAAAAUUGUAAAAAUU